UCCUUGGGAGUUGAGCGUGUCACCAUACGUGGUUUCACGGCCCCUCGUUCCACGGGGUUGCGCCUGCGCGGUGGCGGCAGGGGCGUCCGGAAUCUGAGCGUGUUUGUCAGUUUCUCCGCCCACUUCUUCCGACAUGAACGGCGAGAAUUUCGGCGCUAGCGAGCGGCUGGUGAACGCGGCCUACGUGCGGCAGGGGGCGCAGGGCCGGCGCGCGCAUGAGCUGCGCCUGCGGGCGUUGCUGGAGCAGGGCAAGUGUCCUGAAGAUGGAUGGGAUGAAAGUACCAUCGAACUCUUUCUUCAUGAACUUGCCAUUAUGGAUAGCAACAAUUUUCUGGGCAACUGUGGUGUGGGUGAGAGGGAAGGAAGAGUGGCAUCAGGAAUGGUUGCCCGUCGGCAUUACAGGUUAAUCCAUGGAAUUGGGAGGUCAGGGGAUAUUUCUGCUGUCCAGCCUAAAGCCGCAGGUUCUAGCCUUUUGAACAAACUUACUAAUUCAGUAGUUCUGGACAUUAUAAAACUGGCUGGUGUCCGGACAGUGACCAGUUGCUUUGUGGUUCCUAUGGCAACUGGCAUGAGUCUAACCCUGUGUUUCUUAACACUGCGGCACAAGAGACCAAAGGCAAAGUAUAUUAUUUGGCCACGCAUAGAUCAGAAAUCCUGCUUUAAAUCUAUGAUAACUGCAGGUUUUGAGCCAGUGGUGAUAGAGAAUGUAUUAGAAGGUGAUGAGCUGCGCACAGACGUAAAGGCGGUAGAGGCUAAAAUCCAGGAUCUUGGAGCUGAAAAUGUUCUCUGUGUUCAUUCUACUACAUCUUGCUUUGCUCCAAGGGUACCUGACAGACUGGAAGAACUGGCUGUGAUUUGUUCUAAUUAUGACAUUCCUCAUAUUGUCAACAAUGCAUAUGGAGUUCAGUCUUCAAAAUGUAUGCAUCUCAUCCAGCAGGGUGCUCGAGUAGGUAGAAUAGAUGCUUUCAUCCAGAGCUUGGACAAAAAUUUUAUGGUUCCAGUAGGUGGUGCUAUCAUUGCUGGUUUCAAUGAUUCCUUCAUCCUGGAUAUCAGCAAGAUGUACCCAGGGAGAGCAUCAGCAUCUCCUUCCUUAGAUGUCCUCAUUACACUACUGUCCCUGGGUGAAAGUGGUUAUAGACAGCUACUAAAAGAGAGAAAGGAAAUGUUUUCCUAUCUUUCAAGUCAGCUGAGGAAGCUAGCAGAAGUUUACAAUGAGAGGCUGUUGAACACACCACACAAUCCUAUUUCCUUAGCUCUGUCUCUAGAGAACCUAGAUAAACACAGUGACAUGGCUGUUACUCAGCUUGGAUCUAUGCUUUUCACAAGACAAGUAUCAGGAGCAAGGGUGGUUCCCCUUGGGUCUUCGCAAACAGUGAAUAACUACACUUUCAAAGGCUUUAUGUCACAUACAAAUUACUAUCCCUGUGCUUACCUCAAUGCUGCUUCAGCAAUUGGAAUGAAAAAGCAAGAUGUAGAUCUGUUCCUAAAAAGACUGGAUAAGUGUAUGAAGACUUUUAGAAAAGAAAAGAGCAAUGGAAAAGAUGUGCCUGAAAUGGAUAACUGUACUAAACAUACAAGUGCAGGAGAAGCUGAAGACUAGAACAAGAUGCAGAUUUUGGAACACACAAAGUUUGGUGUGUGUUUGGGGGUUGUUUUUUUCAGGGGGGAGGGGGAUCGUUUUUUUUUGUUUUGUUUUUGUGUGAAGUUUGUAUCCUGUUUGUAUUGUGGAAUAUGCAAUACAGGGAAUGGAAAAAAACUUGGAUGAAAUUCAGAUUUUAAAAAAUUAUUGAGUAACAUUCAUCGCUGUGCAGACAGCAAACCAUAAGGCUUUUGCACCUCUUAAAACCCACUCAAAUAUUCAAAUAGGGCUUAAAUAGUAUGAAGGCUCUAAGAUGGGUCUUUAGAAAUGAAUUUGCCCCAUUGUGAUUGGAGUUGGACAAAUAUCUGAAGAAAAUUUCAGUGAAUAUUGAUUAAUAUUUUAAACUGAAUUUGCUUUAGCAGUGUUUUGUAUCUCUUCUGAUUUUGCUAUUGGUGUUCAUUUAGCAAACAGUCCUUUUUUGCUCACAAAAAUGUCUCUGGAAUGAUUGUUCAUACAUGUGUGAGUAUUUGCUCAUGAGUGCAUUCACAGCCAUUUCCUGCUACAUCUCUUUAUGGGCAUGAGAGGGGAGAUAGAUAUUAUUAAAUGAAAUUUUAAAAUAAUGUGAGCAUGAGAUACAAUGGGGAGAGAUGGUUUUUCCAAGUCCCUUUCCUGAUAGUAAUUUGAACAGCUGAAAACAGGAGCAACAUGUUUGAAGUCUGUACAUGUUCUUAGCCGGGGAACACCAUGGAAAGGCACAGACUCCCUAUGGCAAAGGGAAAUCUACAAGGGAGUGUAACAGGGCAAUUUACAAGGAUUCAGCCAAUCCUCAGCCCCUGGAAAGACUUUCAGGGUUGAAUAGUCCCACAGGAAGCAUAUGGGGGUAAACAGCAAGGAAAGAAGGGGGCUGCAGUAGGAAGGCAAUGAAAUGGGAAGAUCUCCCCUCCCUCUUGCAUUUGAUUUGUGCCUUAAUAAUUGCUCUCCUGAAUAGGAGAAAUCAGUGGACCUGAAGUAAUGGGAGAUUUGGUUCUCCUAUGGGCCCUAAGGAGGGACAGCAGAUAUUCAUGGGGACUCCCAGGAUGUUAGAUUUACUCCAGCACUUCGAUAAAUUUGGAGACCAUGCCUCCUAAUUCUGAACCAUCUCCUGUGGGUGGUGGUGCUGCUGCCCCAACUAUAUUCAGUCACUGACUGAACCGGUUAGCCUAGCUAAGGGCUCAUAUCACUGAGUUUGCUUUUGUUGGCGUAGGCUUGUAAAGUUUUUCAUUUUAAAAAAGAAAUUAAAACGGGAUUCAUGUGGUAUAUGCAGAGUGGCAAUUUGGUUAAAUUAAAGAUAUUCCAAAUCCAUUUAUUGGCCGAGUGGAGCAAGAUCUAACGCUCAACUCAGUGGCAUUUCUGUGUUUGUCUGUAAUGUGAUAACUUUGGUAUGCCACAUCUGAUCAAUUUUAAAAAUAAUGGAAUGUUCUAGGCAUCCGUGGGCACACUUCUAUUAGUUCUGAUGGAAAUCAAAACACCAGAAGUGCCUGAUUCAGAGGAAAAUCAGGGCCACAGACUGCCUGUUGCCACAGGCAGAGGAAUCUCUGCUGCCCCCUGUACAUAGCAGAGGCAGCAGCUUAACCUGUUGAGGGGGAAGACUGUAGCCUGGACUCUAACAGAAGUGAGAGCUUUCUAGACAUGGUAUAUAUGGGGGGUGGGGGGUGGAGAGAGCCCAGUGCAUGGGGGAGGAGUAGGGACCCAGAGAGGGAGGGGGUCAGGGUGAGGGUAUGCAGCAGGGACCAGAGGGAUGGGACAGUCGUGAUGGGUGAAGCAGGGACCCAGAAGCGGGGGAAAGGGAGAUGGAGAGGGAAGGAAGCAGGGACCCAAAGAGGGCUGGGUGGGGGGGAAAGCAGGAUCUGCAAGAGAAUGUAGGGAUGGGGAAUGGUGGUGGUGAGGGAAGCAGGGGCCCAGAGUGGAGAUGUGGGGAGGAGAAAGCAGGGUUGUGGAUGGGGAGUCAGGAGGGGCAAACCAUAAAUACUUGAGGGUGGGGAGCAAGGACCUGGAGAGUGGGGAAUGGUGGUUGGGAGUGUAACAAGGCAUAGCAGGGCCCCCCUUGAUUCUGCCUCUGCUCUGCUCCAAAAACCACUCCAAGACCACCUGGCUCGGCAGUCACCAGUGCAGUUUAUUUGCAUAGUGCCAUCCCACCAUCUUCUCACCAGGUGUACAGCUUGGGGAUUCCAGCCUUGAGGACUCCUUAGUCUCUGGACUCAGGAGGGCAGAGCUACCACACUCCUUCCUUGGCUCCCCUCCCCCUGCCUCUGGGCCUGUAUAUAGAACCAGGCUAAUCAGGCUGGCAGCUGUUUCUCCUUUGCCAAUUAGCCACUGGUUUACCUCCUUUAAUUGGAGCUGGAGUGACAGAGGGCUGGCUCAGUCAUUCCUGCUGAGUACCCUGUCACAGGGAGGGAGAUAUGCAGGGGACACACACAGACCAGAGCAAUGGGGGUACACGCUGAGCCCCUGGUAUGAGGAAAGGGGUGGAGGAGUUGUAGGGAGACCCUGAAAUAGAGGAGGAUGCAGUAUGACACACAAGGAAUUUACUGCGGUGGAAAUGGAGGAAUGCAAGUAGCCCCUGGGGGUGCAUUGUGCGUGGCCUGCUGAAGCUAUGAAGAAUGUGGCCCACUAGUUUUACUUACACACACACACACACACAUUUUGUUAUACCAUUGUCUGUGGUGACUUGGCAUAUUUUUACUUUAACAUAAUACCACCGUUUAAAUGCUGCAUGCAUUCUAUCCUCAAGUUAGAUUUUUGUUAAACUUAUUCGUUCACAAGCAUGAUUUGUAUGUUCCAUUGUAAAAUACUGUUAUACAAACUAAGGCCCAUAAAUUGUAGAAUUCUGCCAACCGGAACAGAACUGCCAGACCUCCUAUUCUGUCCAUGCCACAAGCCUUGUUGCCCCAUUUGCCCACUUCUUCCACAGGCAUCGUCAUGGCUUCUUUCCCCAACACUAAUCUCUAUGCCUGGAAUGCCCUGCAAGGCUCACUAUUCUCUCUGCAGUCAAAUCUGUUCUUCAGGCUCACACUGAAGACUCAGCAAAUGCCCUCAUGAAGCGAGUCAAUUUAAUUAUUUUUUUAAAACCUUGUACCAUCAUGAUGUGCAUGUGCCUUAAACUAAAUAUCUCUGUGAUCUUAUUGCUGCUACUCUUGUUACUCCUCAUCCUGCUGUUUGCCACUCUCACUUGCUGUGUCGCUGUCAUUUGUCAUGUCACAUCUUAAUUUAAACCGUAAGCUCUGGAAGCCAGAUGCUGUGGGUAAUUUAAUAAUAACUUGAAAUGAAAUUUGAUUUAAAUAAUCCAAACUCCAAUGUAUUUUUAAAAAACAAAUGGAAAAGAAUGACCAAACCUUUGUGUUGGUCUCUUACAAUGCAGAGCUAGUUCUGUAGAAAAGAUCUGAGCCAAAUUAUUAAACAGAAUGCUUUUAAAGGAAGAUUAGAACGUCAUUGACCACUAUCCACCAGUAUGCAUGAUAAAGUAAGUAAUGUACAUUCCAAUUAUGCUUCAGUUACUAACUUAAUCUUUCCAUAUGUCCCUUAUAAAAAACAAUUAUCGACAAGGUCCCCUCAAGACUAUGGGAAAUACUACCCUUUGGAAGUGGGCAGAGUUUCACAGCACUGCUGCUAGAAGGUGGUGAUAGAAUGAAGGCGGCUCUCUUUUGGAGGUAGGGUGAGAGGGAAAAGCUGAUAAUGGCUGCCUUCCAUGAAAAUUUUGCAAUGAGAUUGUAUGGGGAAGGGGAAGAACUCAAGAACCUUUGCCGCACUGCACCCAGCCACAAAGUUCAUAAGAGGGCAGGAGUGAACUGACAUUUGACCUGAUGAUCAUGUGGAGAUUUUGAGCAACUGCACUUUCAACAUGAUGGAAGAAGUAAGGCCACGGGGCCUCCCACAACUUUUCAAAGAAAACCAAAUUAAGUGGUUGAGAGGGGUGGUUCUGUUUGUAGGAGGGGGGCCAAUGCUUUUUCCUCUCAAGGUGUGCGAGAUGCAGUGCUUUAGUUCCAUUUUACCAUGUAAUAACUUGUGCUAAUUAGUUGUUCCUGAAUGUUUGACAUGUCUGAUUAAUUGUGUAUUAAGAUCACCUGUAAUGUCUUACUUUAAAUGAUCCAGGGCAAAAAUACAUAAUAAAUGUUUGAGUAUA